AUGUCAUCAAUGAAUAUUUUAAAUAAUUCUUCUUCUGAUUCGACUACUACAUUUCCUUCUUCUCUGCUUCUGAAUCAAGGAGCAAUUCUUCGUCCAAUUCCUAUCAAUCCCACCGCUCUUUUCCCAUUGAAAUUCGAAAUUCCACUUCCGAUGACCAAUUUUGAAGAGCCUGUAGGCACGGUUUCUACCACUUCCAGUUCGAGAUGCUCCUCUGCUGACAGUUCAACAGCGCCAGGAAAAAUCCGUCGUGGACGACCACAACAAGAAAUCGCCGAUGGUCAAGAUGCUCACAGUCAGAAGAAGCGUCAUCGUCGACUCUACGCUCGCCAGUACCGUGCCCAGAUGCGCCAAAAAGUUGAGAAUGUGAAGAGUUUGCACGAUGAGAAGGAGCAAUUGGAGACAGAAGUAAAAAUGCUCCGCCAGACAGUAUUUGCUCUUCAACAAGAACUUGCUCAAAAGGACCUUUUCCUCAGUUUUAUGCAUCUCAACAGUCAACUCAACCACUCUUAA